ACAACAUUUUUCUUCAUUAAAUGUAAUUGAAAUAUAUUACUAUUUAAAGAAAAUUGUACUCGGAUUUAAUGUUACAUUUUCUGGUGCUAUUGGAUCAAAGAGCGUAUUCUGUUUAUUAGACGCCAACCCUGAAAUGCGGCGACAAUGGAAUGUGGCCACAGCAUAAGAAGCGCAGCAUUGCAUUAGUGACAGACAUAGCAAUCCAGACUAUUCGAAUUUGGUGACAAGCAUUAUGGUGUGUGGUAAAAUUCAGAGAAAAUCAUGGACGCUAAAGAAACAGUGACUGUUCAAUGGUGUCGUCAAUGUGAAUCAGUGGGCUCUACUCCUAGACAGCAGUUAGACCUUAUAUAGUUCUUUAGGUACAUUACGUUCCGUGUCUCAAGCUAUUUUCAGAUGGAAACAAAAGAGCUGAUAACUAGAUAUGAAUUAUUAAAUGGAAAGAAAUGGUUACCUAAUUCAUUUUAUAACGAGGCCCUUGACAAACUCGGCUAUACAAAGGCGCUUGUGGAGAAAAGGGUCAAAAUAUAUGACAAUGCAGCCGAUUGUUUGGCCGGGGCAACGAAUAGAAACUGGCCGGAAAGCAUCUAUAUUGUUGUUGCUGGAAGUCGUGGUGAAGGAAUGGCAGUUUCAUUGAAAAGUGAUUUGGAUACGAUGUUUGUUCAGCCAGCAGUUAAAUGUUUUAAAAUUUAUCCAACGACAGAUUCGAAAGCAGUUGAAAACUGCGUUGCAGCAUUUAAACUUGAUUUAUAUGAUGUUCCCGAAGGAUAUACAAAAUUACGUUUAAAACAUAUUGAAUGGUCCUGGGAAUAUAGAAAACUCGCAUCUAGAAUUAUGAAAUCAUUGAAGGACAACAAUUAUUUGAAAAAUGGCCAAAGACUUAUUGAAGCGGUAGAGUAUGGUGGCGAAAAUGUUAAAAGAGAAAGUUGGAUCAGCAAAAAUUACCGAUUCGAUGAAGUAACCGGACCUGCACAGCCACUCCAAUUUCCACUUCCAUUCUCUAACAAUUGUUUUUUGUCUUUUGACCAUGUUCAAGCAUUUCCUUGUGCGUACGUAUCGGUAUUAGACGACUGGUUUAAACGACAGAGACAAAAUGCCUGGCCUAGUUCAGAUGUCCUGAAAGCAGUAAAGGAAACAGAUAUAUUUGUUGUAUCUGUUGGACAGUCCGGUAGUAAAGAGGAGAAAUUGCAAUGGAGAAUUUCUUUAACACUUGCAGAGAGAUCUCUGGUACGCUCAUUUAAUGACACGCAGAUAAAGGUGUAUGCUGCAAUGAAAAUGCUGGUGAAACAUGAACUGAAACCGAUAUGCGCUAAUAUCACUUCAUACAUAGUGAAAAAUGUGAUCUUUUGGGUGUUUGAAAAGAGAUCGGGCACAUUUCAGAGGGACGAAUUCGUUGAGAUAUUAUUGCAGUCACUGAUAUACUUGAAAGAUUGUGUAACUGUGGGAUGCCUUCCAAAUUAUACAAUUCCGUCAAGGAAUUUGCUACGAGGAAAGUUAUCACAAGAGGAAGCAUGUGCUUUGAAAGAGCAUCUCAAUAUUUUGAUUACAGAAGAUUCGACUGUUCUACUACGUUGCCCUUUGGUAUACAAAAUGGCAGAAUUAUCGGGGGAUGCUCUUAAAGACAGAUUGUUAUUUAGGGAACUGACGGACAUGUUAUAUCUGGGAGUCUUCUCAGUUCCACCGCAUAAAUUUGACGAAAUUCAACAUUCAUUUCAUGUGACACAGAACGCCGAAGAAUAUCUUCAGGUGUAUUUUAAACGCUUGUUACCAGUAAUAAGAGAGACAAAUCCCUACGGUGCAUUCACUCUUCUGAAAACAAUGGCGGAUGAAGAAGUCCGAAGUCAGUUAAUGAAAGGGUUUCUGCUUGACUAUGAUAAAAUGUGGAUGGAUUAAGAACUAUAAUAGAUAAAUAAGACAAUUCAUGCAGUUUUGAAAUGUUUCAGACCCAGACGAAAUAACACGUUGUUUUUUACUCACAAACCACCAUAACAUUGUAGUAAAAGAUUACUGAGUUGUAUAUAUGUCAAUAGAGUUCAUACAAAUGUAACAUAGUCUUAAACUAAUUAAGAACAAAGACAAACUCGAGUUUUCAGUGACCAUGAUUUGCUAUUUAUUGAACGAAAUACAGGCGCAAAAAAUAUAUACUUAUACGGUAACAUAUAAUGACAAUUGUGUUAACAUAAUAAUUUGAUUUAAAAAUAACUCUGAUAAGUUUAACUAUUAUGCAAUCAAUAUAGCUUCAAAGUAAUGUCAUACAUUGAGAUGUUUCAGCAAAGACCAUAUCCAAAUUUGAAUGGCCAGAAUACGUGUGGCCGUAUGGAAGUAAAGCCUAAAGACAGUGCAACAGCCCGCCUAACAUCACGCGACGUCCCGCGACACUGCAUUGCACAAAAUGUUACCGGGAAGUUGUGUUUUGCUUUAGUUAAGACAUCGUUCUGAGAUAUAUUGCAUAAAGCUCAGAACUAGCAAGUCUUAAUCUAACUGUACUCAAAACAGAAACUUCAGUUUGAAGUGGUCAAGACUUGCAAUAAAACGGAUAUUAGAGAGAGUCGCUAUUCAAAUGCUAUAAAAUUGUUUGACAUAACUAUUAUGACGAAACUGUACUAUCAUAGAAAUUUUAAA